ACUGACCUGUCAAGGCACAAUUGUACCAUAUUCGCACCAAUAAAAUUUACGAACAGGUGGUUAGUAUAAAAUAGGCAGCAAACUCACAUUUUAUAUCAUUCACUUCUUACGUUCGUUGUGACAAAGAACCAACCACACUUCUCCAAAAAUGGCAUUCAAGUUUGUAUUCGCACUCGCCUUCGUCGCCGUGGCCAGCGCUGGUUACAUACCAGCUGGUCCAGUUUACCAUGCCGCACCAGCUGUCGCCGUGCACGCAGCACCGGUGGCUGUAGCCCAAAAAGUCGUUGUGAAAUCGGAGGAAUACGAUCCUCAUCCUCAGUACAAAUACUCUUAUGGCGUUGAUGACAAACUCACCGGUGAUUCCAAGAGCCAAGUGGAGGAACGUGAUGGAGAUGUGGUCCGAGGUGAAUACUCUCUGAUCGAUGCUGAUGGUUACAAACGCACUGUCCAAUACUCUGCUGAUCCCAUCAAUGGUUUCAACGCCGUUGUCAACCGUGAACCUCUCGUAAAAGCUGUUGCUGUAGCUCCAGUUGCUCACUAUGCUGCCCCAGCAGUCGUCAAGACCGUUGCUCCAGUUGCCCACUACUCGGGUCCAGUUGCUCACUACUCAGCUCCAGUUGCUCACUACUCCGCCCCAGGUGUGGUCAAGACUGUUGCUCCCGUAGCUCACUAUGCUGCCCCAGUGGCUCACUACGCGGCUCCAGCUGCCCACUACGCAUCCUAUGCCGCCCCAGCAGUGGUCAAAUACCACCACUAAAAACUCUAAAGACUUCGAAUAAUACCCAUUAAAUACGAUUGUAUCCGUUCUUGUUAUUAAUUUAUGUGUGAAUAUUUAUAUUGAUGAAAAUGUUAAGUUAAUAAAAGAUGUAAAAUAAA